AUGAACAAGCCAAAACCAAACUUGUUACCACAACCAGGGUCUGCACAUGGGGCAGCUGCAUGUUUGGGUCCUGAAGCUAUUACUGUUUGGAAGAACUCAGGUGCUCAAUGGGAAGCAGUGAGUUCAAGAAUUGUAACUGUACGUAUUGAGUGUCGACUUGUACCAAUCACCAUCAUAGCGGUUUAUGCACCUAUAAAUCCCUCGAAUGGAGUAAAAAAUGAUAUUGAAACUUGCGACGAGUUCUAUAAAACUCUACAAGCAACAAUAGAUAAAACCCAUAAGAGUGAUAUGAUUAUGAUAAUGGGUGAUUUUAAUGCUCGUGUCGGAGUAGAACAGGCCAAUACAGCUGGAGGAACUGUCGGUAAACAUGCUAUUGACAAACAAAAUCAAAACGGUCGUCGACUAGUCGAUUUCUGUUUAUUUAAU